AUGGAUGCGGCGCGAAGAGGUUCGGAGGAAGUGGAAUGGGGCGCCGCGAACGACGCCCCGAUCGCGAGUUUCGACAUCUCGACCGACAGCCAGAAGGCGUUGCGAAGCUUCCAAACGGCGCAGCUCGGAGUUGGUGCGGAUUCCCUGUCGCACCAUAUUGGAUCGAGCGCAGCCAACUUUGAACGACGCUACUCACUGGGAACUAUUGCUGGAGCGUUACGUGGAGUCUGCCGGACAAUCCGCGGGAUAAGGUACGAAUUGUCCAAGCGCAGCGUGACAUGGAUUUAUUCACGCUGGCUGAAGCCGAGGCAGUUAACCGAUCACGAAGUUUCGGUUUUCCAGACUCACGAAGCCCGAUGA